CAGGGCGGCGCCGAGGUCGCUGUGGAGCCCGGGCGGCCGGUCGCGCGCGGCCAUGUGGCGGCUGCUGGCUCGGGCCGGGGCGCCGCUCCUGCGGGCGCGGACGUCAGGUCCCCGGGCCGCCCCGCCCGCCCCGCCCGCCCGCGCUGGCCUGAAGACGCUGCUCCCGGUGCCGACCUUCGAGGAUGUUUCCAUUCCGGAGAAGCCCAAGCUUAGAUUUGUGGAAAGGGUACCACUCGUGCCAAAAGUGAGGAGAGAACCUAAGAACUUGGGCGACAUCCGGGGACCUUCUACGGAAGCCACCGAGUUCACAGAGGGCAACUUUGCAAUCUUGGCGCUGGGUGGUGGUUACCUCCAUUGGGGCCAUUUUGAAAUGAUGCGCCUGACAAUCAACCGCUCCAUGGACCCCAAGAACAUGUUUGCUUUAUGGAGAGUACCGGCCCCUUUCAAGCCCAUUACCCGCAAGGGUAUGGGACAGCGCAUGGGGGGUGGCAAAGGUGCCAUUGAUCACUACGUGACCCCCGUGAAGGCUGGCCGUCUCAUAGUGGAGUUGGGCGGGCGUUGUGAAUUCAAGGAGGUACAAGGUUUCCUCGACCAGGUUGCCCACAAGUUGCCGUUCCCAGCGAAGGCCGUGAGCCGUGAGACUCUAGAGAAGAUGCGGAGAGAUCAGGAGGAGCGAGAACAGAACAACCAAAACCCCUGGACCUUUGAGCGCAUAGUCACCGCCAACAUGCUGGGGAUUCGGAAAUACCUGAGCCCGUACGACUUGACCCAGAAGGGGCGGUACUGGGGCAAGUUCUACAUGCCUGAGCGAGUGUAGGGAGGAGGGGAGACGGAGGUGGACAAAGGCCACGGAGAGAAAGUCUCGGGGGCUCCGACAGCUAACUGAGGAGCAGUGGAUGAGUAAGUGGCUUCUGGAAAAUGGUACCGUAUCUCUUGUUUUAAGUGCAUCCUGUUUACAUUAAAUAAAGUUUGUCCCCUCAGAGUAUAA